CGACAAAGGCCCGACGCGGCGUUGCCACUUGCAACUACGCAUGCCAGGCCAAGCGUCGACGUCAUGGAUCGAAAGCGCCGACUUGGUGAGUCGCUUCAAGGCGCUGUAUGUAUCCAACCCAAAGGCAGGAACGCCGGUGUCGGUUGGCGUUGCUUCAAUCCCUGCAACAGUGACGGCCCGCUUGACCAAGGCAGGACUGUCCUUUCACAUACUUCCACCGCUGUUGCAGCAAGCCGUGCUGUGGGACAUGGGUUUCGUAGUCGGCGAGGUGAAUGGAGUGGACUCGUUCAUGCAGGUGUUAGUGGCUGCCAACUCGACCAUGUCGUCCAUUGCGUACACGUUUGCAGAGUAUGAAAACUCGACUGCAGCUAAAGGACUGGAGCAAACGACGUGCUCAUUCAACGGAGGCAUGUCGUAUCGACGACAAAAGGUCAUGGAUGGUAAUGCACUCGCGCUAACGCUCAAGUGCGCAGUCGAAUUGGUAUCCGUGGAUGGACAGUCGUCGAUGUUAGCCCAAGACGCAACCGAUCCCACUACUUUUAUCCCCGCGCCACGACUUUACAAGCACCAGGACCCCACCCAGGGAUGGACGCACCCUGCCAUUCACUUUUUUCAAAAAACCGCCCAAGGCACGUCGGGAGAAGCAGGGUGGGGUGAAUGUCCCAAAGACGCUGCCCACCAAGCACUCAUCAUUCCGUGCGAGACGAAAUUCUUCUCCGCCAAGUCGGCCAACACGUUCAUCCCGCUUAUGAGCUCUGUCAUGAACUCGUGGCUGCAAGAGUUCAAAGAUGCCAACCCCAGCAUUACUCCUGACCCGACACCAUCUCCACCCCCACCUGAGAAUGUAGGCUUGAUUGUCGGGGUCGCCGGUGGGGUGUUUGGCCUCGUUGUUGCGAUUUUGAUCUGCUUGUUGUGGUGGCGCCGCCGCCAGCGCCACCGGAAUCUGCACACGGCCUGCGCAGUUGAGGCAGGGAAUGGCCAUUCGACUGGCACCUAUGAUCACCUCUCAACGCCGCACUAUCCGCGCAGUGGCUCCACAUCGACCAAGACUGCUCGAAACGCCACUAUGAACACGUCCAGUGAAGGCCACCGCCAUCACCACCGCGCGUCGUCGAUCGCGCUGGAUGGCAUAAACCUGAGCGGGAUUUCUCUGUAUCGAAUUGAUGAAGAUGACGUGAUCAUUCAACGUCCGCUCGGGUCGGGAGCGUUUGCCGACGUCAUGUUGGGCGAGUACAAGGGCCGAGAAGUGGCCGUGAAGCGCCUUCUUCCUGGUCGAGCGACAGCUCGCGAAGUUCAGGGGCUCAUCGAUGAAAUCGUGCUCUUGGCAGGGUUCUCGUCGCCGUACGUGGUGGAGUUUGUCGGUGCGAUGUGGAACAAACCCAUUGACUUGGCGUGCGUGAUUGAAUUCAUGGACUUGGGAGAUCUCCGCGACUACUUGACCUAUCAAAGCCCUGCCGAAUUUCCAUGGCAAGAAAAGCUGAAUUGCAUUUACAACAUCGUGGAGGGCCUCGUGUACUUGCAUUCGUUUCCGAUCAUCCAUCGUGAUUUGAAAAGCCGCAACGUUUUGCUCGACUCGACCAACGGUACCAAGCUGACCGACUUUGGCGUGUCGAGAGAGCAGAGCCAGGACACGAUGACAAACGGUGUCGGCACAGGACGGUGGAUGGCGCCCGAGAUCCUCAAGUACAACCACUACACAGUCGCGGCCGAUAUCUUUUCGUUUGGCAUGAUCCUGUCCGAGUUUUCAACCCACCAAUUGCCGUACUCGGACCGGGUGAACCCGUACGACGGGAAGCCCCUCAUCGACACGGCCAUCAUGGCGAUGGUGAUAUCCGAUCAAAUCAAACCCACGUUUGCCGACGACAUGCCCCCGUUUCUAAAGGACAUGGCGAUGCAGUGCAUUGCCCACGAGCCGACCGCUCGACCGUCGGCCGCCAUGCUGUCGUAUAGUCUGCGCAAGCACAUGAACGUUGACUUGUAAUUUCUUUGUUGUGGCACAUUUGAGAUGAUUUUGUGUUAAUCAAAUUAUGGC